AAAAUUAGAAGCUAUUAGUAUAAACCCUAUUGAUUGGAAAAUUCAAAAAGGAAUGAUUCGGCCUUUUUUGCCCCGCAAGUUCCCCUUCAUUCCUGCUACUGAUGUUGCUGGUGAGGUCGUUGAGGUUGGAUCAGGAGUCGAGAAGUUAAAAGCUGGUGACAAAGUUGUUGCGAUUCUCAGCUAUCUAACCGGAGGUGGACUAGCUGAAUACGUAGUUGUAAGUCAAAAUGUGACCAUCAAAAGGCCUCAAGAAGUGGGAGCAGCUGAAGCAGCCGCUUUGCCUGUACCAGGUCUAACUGCUCUUUAUGUUCUAACGCAUCACGCGGGGUUGAAACUGGAUGGCACAGACAAGCAGGCGAAUAUCUUGGUCACAGCAGCAUCUGGUGGGGUUGGCCACUAUGCAGUCCAACUGGCAAAGCUUGGGAACGCUCAUGUAACAGCCACAUGUGGAGCCCGAAACAUCGACUUUGUAAAAUCUUUAGGCGCAGACGAAGUUCUCGACUACAAGACUCCUGAGGGAGCCACCCUCAAGAGUCCAUCAAGUAAGAAAUAUGAUGUUGUGAUCCACUGCGCAAACUAUAUCCCGUUCUCAACAUUAGAACCAAAUUUGUCCGAAAACGGAAAGGUUAUAGACAUCACGCCAAGGCCUAGUGCUAUAUGGACUUAUGCGGUUAAGAAAUUAACUAUGUCGAAGAAGCAAUUUGUGCCACUCUUUUUGAUCCCAAAAUUAGCUGAGAAUUUGGAGUUUUUGGUGAAUCUAGUGAAGGAAGGAAAAGUGAAGACUGUGAUUGACUCGAAGUACUCUUUGAGCAAAGCCGAGGAUGCUUGGGCCAAAAGUAUUGAUGGCCAUGCUACUGGGAAGAUCAUUGUGGAGCCGUGAACAUUUUGCUGUCUUUGACUAUAUGUGAUUGUAGAAGUUAUAACAUAAAAAUUCGUUUCCCAUUUUGAGACAAUGUUGUGGAACUUGAUUACCAAAAACAAUCGGUGUUGAAAGUGAUAUGGUGUUAAUAUUUGUAGAAUAAGAAUCCGACUUAGUC